CCGGGAGUGUGCAGGGACCGGGCCCACGUGACCGCUCCACGAAGGCCACCGGCGGGGGGCUCGGAGCGCAGGCCGCGCGGUUUCCCGCCGCAUCCGGGCGGCGGGCGAGCUCGGUGGGGACGCCGGGCCCUGGUGGCGGCGGCGGCGGUGGCUCGAGCCUUGCCACGGGCCGGUGAAUCAUCCCGGCAGACAGCGAGCGCCGCGGCGGCCCGCAGCAGCGCCGGAAGAUGGCCGAGGCGGGCGCAGGCUUCCUGGAGCAGCUCAAGUCCUGCAUCGUGUGGUCGUGGACCUAUCUGUGGACCGUGUGGUUCUUCCUCGUGCUCUUCCUGGUCUACAUCCUGAGGGUGCCCCUGAGGAUCAACGACAAUCUGAGCACAGUGAGCAUGUUUUUGAACACGUUAACCCCAAAGUUCUACGUGGCCCUGACAGGCACAUCCUCCCUAAUAUCAGGACUUAUUUUGAUAUUUGAAUGGUGGUAUUUCCGAAAGUAUGGAACGUCCUUCAUUGAACAAGUCUCAGUAAGCCACUUGCGCCCCCUUCUGGGAGGGGUUGACAACAAUUCUUCCAAUAAUUCUAAUUCCAGUAAUGGGGACUCAGAUUCCAACAGGCAAAGUGUCUCAGAAUGCAAAGUAUGGCGAAAUCCACUGAACCUGUUUAGGGGUGCGGAAUACAAUCGGUACACUUGGGUCACAGGACGAGAGCCUCUGACAUACUAUGACAUGAACCUCUCUGCCCAGGACCACCAGACGUUCUUUACUUGUGAUUCGGACCAUCUUCGUCCUGCAGAUGCAAUAAUGCAAAAAGCCUGGAGAGAGAGGAACCCUCAAGCCAGGAUUUCUGCAGCUCAUGAAGCCUUGGAGAUAAAUGAGUGUGCAACUGCUUAUAUUCUCUUGGCUGAAGAAGAAGCAACAACUAUUGCUGAAGCAGAAAAACUCUUUAAGCAGGCCCUGAAGGCUGGAGAUGGUUGUUACCGGCGCUCUCAGCAGCUACAACACCAUGGGUCCCAGUAUGAAGCUCAACACAGACGAGACACCAAUGUCUUGGUCUACAUCAAACGGAGGCUAGCGAUGUGUGCCCGGAGACUCGGAAGGACCCGGGAAGCAGUGAAGAUGAUGAGAGACUUAAUGAAGGAGUUCCCCCUCCUAAGCAUGUUCAACAUCCAUGAAAACCUUCUAGAAGCUCUUCUGGAACUCCAAGCUUAUGCUGAUGUUCAGGCAGUCUUAGCAAAGUAUGAUGAUAUAAGCUUACCAAAGUCGGCAACCAUAUGCUACACAGCGGCCCUACUCAAAGCAAGAGCUGUCUCGGACAAAUUCUCUCCAGAGGCUGCAUCUCGGCGGGGGCUGAGCACAGCAGAGAUGAAUGCAGUCGAAGCCAUUCACAGAGCUGUGGAAUUUAAUCCGCACGUGCCAAAAUAUCUACUAGAAAUGAAAAGCUUAAUCCUCCCACCAGAACACAUCCUGAAGAGAGGAGACAGUGAAGCAAUAGCAUAUGCAUUCUUUCAUCUUGCACACUGGAAGAGGGUGGAAGGGGCUUUGAAUCUCUUGCAUUGUACGUGGGAAGGCACUUUCCGGAUGAUCCCGUAUCCCCUGGAGAAGGGACACCUAUUUUAUCCAUACCCAAUCUGUACAGAAACAGCUGACCGGGAGCUGCUUCCCUCUUUCCAUGAAGUCUCAGUUUACCCAAAGAAGGAACUUCCCUUCUUCAUCCUCUUCACUGCUGGACUCUGCUCCUUCACAGCCAUGCUGGCCCUCCUGACACAUCAGUUUCCAGAACUUAUGGGAGUCUUUGCAAAAGCCUUCCUCAGCACUUUGUUUGCCCCCUUGAACUUUGUUAUGGAGAAAGUGGAAAGCAUCCUCCCCUCCAGUCUGUGGCAUCAGCUGACGCGGAUCUGAGGGGAGCCUCCCAUCCUUCACUUUCCACACCAUCCGCCAUCUCUUCUGUGCCAACUUCUCAUGGACCGCAAGGAAGCAUGACUUUGAAAAAGGGAAACCAUUCUGAGAUUUUAAACUGUUCAUGGACUAUCAGUUCCUUAUUAAAGGCUGGUUUUGUUGUACAAAAUUUAUUGAUGUUCAGUUCUAUUUUAUUUUGCCUUCAAAACUGAUCAAAAAGUAAAAAUAAAUAAAUAAAUAAAUAAAUAAAUAAAUAAACUUUUGUGUAUUGCAA